AUGAUGCGCAAUAUGAAAUCAGCAGAGAAUGCUGAUGAAAACAAGGCAAAUUUGUUUACAAAUGGAAUUGUCGAUUUUAACAGUGUUGAGAAUAAAUUUUUCCUUGAACGGCUUCAAAUCGCAAUUUCUCUAUGCACAGGAAAGCAAUUAUCAACAUUGCAGCAAGCAAUUUUAAAUCCUCCGAUUUAUAAUAACAAACUUGAUAAAAAGAAA